AUGCAUCUCCAGCUCUUCGCCGCCGCUGCCGCCCUGCUGGCCCCCCUCACCCUGGCCGCGCCCCCCAGCGACCGGGCCGAGCUCGACGCCCGAGACGGCUUUCUUAGCAACCUCAUGCCAACCGCCACAGAAGAGUCGAAGACGGCCGAGGUCACGGAUCCCACCGCCAUAGGCUACAAGCUGCCCACGCAAUACGAGCCCACGCCCACAGGCGCUGCCCUGAUAAACUCCAAGCCCCCCGGCUCUGCCUCGAAGAGGUCCAAGGGCACCGGCAAAGACUCGGAUUUGCAGCCCGUGUCCAGCAAUCCCAAGCCCACUGCCAAAAACUCGAAGCUACAGCCCGUGUCUAGCAAUCCCAAGCCCACUGCCAAAAACUCGAAGCUACAGUCCGUGUCCAGCAAUCCCAAGCCCACCGGCGCAGCCUCAAAGAAGUCCAAGCCCCACGCGAAAGCCUCGAAGACCCAGUCCAAAACGGAGACCUCUGCGACCGCCCUGCCGACGAACUCGGGGCUCAUUCCCCCGUAUAGAAACGGCAAGCCGCUGGCCCCCGUGCGCGUCAUGUGCUUUGAGGACCAGUACACCCCCAUCUGCAUGCCGCCCAACGGGUACUGCCAGGAUGGAAACUACUUUAUCCAGCUGGACGUUAACCCGCCGCACGGCGCCGAGUGCUUCACCAAGUGCGCGUGCGUGAAGUUUUAG